CAGACCCAAUUCGCUCAACAUGCCAGACUUCAACAACGAUCUCAUCCUCAUCACAUGCGCUUCAGGCAAACAGUCAUCCGCCUUGAUACCCCAUCUCCUCAAAUCAUUCAAGAAACUCCGUCUGCAAUGCAACAGCUCCAAAUCCGAACGAAUGCUCUCCUCAAAAUACCCCGGAGUGGAAGUCGUCCAAGCAGACAUGGCCUCCCCCUCCGACUGUCACCGCAUCCUAGACGGUGUAACAACCUGCCACCUAGUAGACCCACCCUUCCACCCCCAUGAAACCCAAUUGGGCAUAAAUAUGAUAGACGCAGCCAUCUCUCAACGGUUCUCCUCCUCCGGUCCUUUCACCCACAUGAUCUACAGCAGUGUCAUCUUCCCCCACCUCCGCAAACUGCUGAACCACGAUUGCAAACGAUACACGGAAGAAUACCUCAUCGAGUCCGGUCUCAACUACACAAUACUCCAACCAACACACAUGAUGGAAAUGCUCCCGCUUGCCCUACUGAUGUCGCAGAAAACACCCAUCUAUCAAGCCAAUUGAAACCCCGACACGAAAUUCAGUUUCGUCACCGUGUUGGAUGUAGCGGAAGCCGCCGCGAAAGUAAUCACACAUGCGGAAGAGCAUUAUUUUGCCACGUAUCAACUCGUCA